CGCAAUCUUAUAAACCCCAGCCCUUCGACUAUUCAUACACGAAUUUGUUUUCGCAUCCUGUCACGCUUUUGUCCCUCUUACAGCAGCUAUCAAAUCAAUCUUCGCUCGCCAGCAAAUUGUCAAAAGACGAGGAGCACAGUCCCACGCCCUGAUGGCACGGAUCAAGCAUUGCAAAAAGCGACCGUGGGCUUUUAUGGAGUCCUCUCCCUCGAUUCUGGAGAGUGACGACCACGAUUCAUAUCAACAUCCCUACGAGACCAAUGACCAAGCACCACUCGACGCCGACGACGACCUCUUGACUCGUUCUCCAUCCACGACCGUUUCUCAGGGUAACGCUGCUCAUUCCCAUCGGGAUCUUUCCGAGAGCCAUAUGCGGACACGUUCUGACGAGAAAGCUGUUCAUCGUAUUGGCCUCUUAGGCAUCGAUUUUGGAACUGAAACUACUGGAGUUGCGUAUGCCAAUGCCAAAAGCGAUGGUCCCGCUGUGAAACCACCUGACGUGCGUUGCGUCACAGGAUGGCGAAAUGCACCUAGAUCAGACUGGGAAGUUUACAGAAGUACGCCCUACGUACCCAGUGAAUCUACCUAUCCAUCGACUUCGCAACAGAUGGUCCGUCCCGAAAGGUUGAGAGUCAAGCUUGAUAUGGACAAACUGAAGUUAGGAGCAAUGCAGUCCAAUCCCAUCCCCUCCACAGGAAAGAUCAGUAUACAAGAAGAGCGAUUCUUAUACGGCUGGGAAUCAAGAGCUGAGAAGCGUACAACGUACCGGAACGCAUUGCCAAAUGCCAUUUCUCUCCUGAAGCUGCGACUCCUCCCGGAUCAGGAAACGAGGGCCUUGACAACGGACCUCGAGGCCGUCAUACGUCAUCUUAAGGACAUUGGGACUCUGCCGGACGUGGAAGAUGAGGCUGACGAGCAAUUCGUCAACCAGCAGAUGCUUCAAGAUUACCUUCUUCCAGUAUUUCAGCAAACGAAGGCACAACUCCAAGGGGAGCACUGGUACAAGGAGGACAUGCCUUUCUACAUUACGAUGACAUGGCCGCCUAUGUGUUCUGAGGAAAGUAGGGAGGUUCUUGAGCGAGCGUGCAGAAACGUUGAGUCUGUGGUUCAAAUCUCACACCAGCCAUCAUUUGAGUUUGCUGCAGAGCCGGAGGCUGCAAAGGAUUUUGUUCUAGAUUCCAUGCGUAAUGACGUUUCUCUCGGAGAAUCCUUCGUUGUUCUGGACUGCGGAGGCGGCACGAUCGAUGCGCAUACAUUCACAAAUCACAGGCAUGCUCACAGGUCUUCGGGGAUUCGAAGAGCAGGCAAGUGUUGCGGAGCACGUUUCGUGAAAGAAGCCGCACGUCGGAUGCUUGUCCAAGAGUUAGAGAGAAGAAAUUGGCAGAACAUUGGCAACGCUCUCGAAACUCUAGGUUCCAGUAUCGAAGAGGAGAUUGGCGCCGCGGUUGACCAUUUUGAGGUCAACCUUCAAACAUGCUUUUCCGGAGCGGAGGAUUGGCGUCCAAGAAUCCUUGGUAUCCUCCCGAAGAGGCCGAUCGUGUUCAACGCGAAUGAUGUCUCCACAUGUUUUCUGCAUAGUUUAGAUGGCGCCGCUGAGGUCAUGCAUGAUCAACUGGAGCAAGCGCGCCACGCUGGACUUUACAUGAGAAAGGUCAUCCUGACGGGUGGUUUCAGUCAAUCACCUGCACUCCGGACGCGGCUUCAAAAAGAGCUUCGGCGGCGAAAAAUGGACUUUGGGGAGAGCAUAGAGCUAGUCUCUCUAGAUACGCAACAUAUGAACUCUAGCGAAAACGCCGUGGCGUGCGGAGCCGUCCUCCGGGCUUCAAACGCCCAUGUCCGAAGACAAUUCGAAAAGAUCUAUCGUACCGACACCGACCAGGAACCUAGAGAGCGUAUUGCUCGUUACUCGUAUGGCGUUCUUCGGCGGGAGGUGUAUCAGCCCGGGAGGUACAUUGGCCAUCGAAAGUUCCCCAAGCAAUGUCUCAAGAACUUCAAGAAUGCUGUGAAUGGUCGUAUAGAGCUGCAGACGAUACAGUGGCUUAAACAAAAGGGUGAGGAUAUGAAGCCGGGCGUGUUCGCAGAGAUAAAAUGCGCUCACGAAUUCGAUACCUCUAGCAAGUUCGUUUGCGAGGAGAAAUUCUACGUAUCAGAUAAGACUAUGACGAGUCACUUCGACGAAGAUAGCACGGAGAACAGAGCUGCUCGCUCUGUUCUGAACGGUCUUGAGGUCGACCUAAGCUUCUUAAAAGACCAAGGAGUACUCCAAUUGGAGGACCAAGAUAGACCAAGGCCUGUUUACGUUGUGCAAUAUCUGCUUCGCAUACUUUACAACGGGGACAAAUUGGAUUUCCAGAUCUUCCCCCAAGUCAACGGCACUAAGGUCCCCAUGCCCGACGCUCUCCAAAACACGCUGGUCGACUUUGGGCUGGCUGCCCACUUCUACGAACGAGAAAUUCACCCCGAUCAAGAGUUCCGCCCCGAACAAGAGUUCCACCCCGAACGAGAUAUUCAUCCUGAACGAGAGAUCCAAUCCGAGCCGCAUAUCCAUCCUGAAUCAGAGACCCGUGCCGAUCACAUGGGCGGACGAAACGGGGCAGCACUUUCUCCAGGUGGCGUCGCCAACCGGAAACGUAUUGGACCUGUUUUUCCUAGCAGAACAGGCAUAUAGAUGGCUCGUCGUGCUGGGCGUACUGGACCCAAAGCUAUAUCGAGCCGGGGAAAUAGAGUAAGAUAUGGGGCAUGACCGCAAGAUGACCACCUUCUGCUCUUAACCCUUGAACUUGUGAAGUGUGUU